UACUUAGAAAUGCAAAUUUAUUUGACAUAACGUAUUUAACUAAAGUGUCCAAUUAGUAGUACGCCCCGGGGCUAGAAUAAUGUACGUGCCUUUAAUAAUAGCCAUUGUAUUCAUAUCAUGUUGCCUGAACGUGGUGUUUCUCGAGGCCAUGAUCAGAUACUCUCCGGGCAGUGGAAAUCUGAUCACAUUCUCGCAGUUCUUGUUCAUAGCGGUCGAGGGCUUUCUCUCCACCUCCCGGUGCGGCCGAAACAAGCCCUCCAUUCCCAUUAGGAAAUACCUAUCGCUUGUGAUACUCUUCUUUCUGGUCAAUGUGUCCAACAAUUAUGCGUUGAAUUUCAAUAUAUCGGUUCCGCUGCACAUCAUCUUCCGAUCCGGCUCAUUGAUGGCCAACAUGUUGUUGGGAAUACUGAUACUUAAACGCCAAUACUCUGCCUGUAAAUACAUGUCCGUCGGACUCAUUACGGUCGGCAUAAUUAUGGCUACAUUGGCCUCAUCUCAUCCGUCGGCCGCUCCCCCGAGAGCCCUAAAAACGUCUACCGAUCUCAACACUGGCCACCCGUUGCCCGUCAGAGAGCACUCGGUAUACGAUUAUACGAUCGGUAUAUCUCUGCUGACGUUUGCGCUGCUAUUGUCGGCCCGUUUAGGCAUUUUUCAAGAGGUUUUGUUCACCACUUAUGGCAAACACCCCAAAGAAGCCGUCUUUUAUCAA